CUCCAUUUUUACUCUUGAGUCAUAUUAUAUUGUUUUCAACUUCACCAGAUCGUUUUUAAAGUGUAGAUUAAAUAAAAGCAGAUUGGAUUAUUGGAAGAUGAUGUUAAAUGUGACAAGUGAUAAUUGAAAUAGAAAUAUAAUUAUCACAAUUUUAAUUUAUUCUGAAAAAUUAUUAGUUAUUAUUAUUGUUGUUAUAACUAUUGUUCAAAUAAUGAUUAUUUUCAAAUUUCAAUACAAAAUUACUAGUGUUAAGAUUAUUUAAACUGGUAGGUGUUAGCUGUUAAUGAACCGUCAGAAUGUAUAUCGGACCCUAAUAAUCCGGUAAAAUUAAUUUUUUUCAUGAGUACCUUAAACUCCAGUUAAUUGACAAUGAAAUUUUUAAUUCAAUUAUUUAAGAAUCGUUUGAUCAGAAACAUAUUGCAUACCAUAAGUAUUGCAUGGUAUAAUUAAAGGAAUCAGAACUGAAAUAAUCAAAAAAAGAAUGAUAUACAAUAUCUUCAGAGUUUAAAUGCCUCUUCACCUAAGAAGACGUACCAUCGAUAUGGAGGAAUACUCAGGAUCUGACAUAUCGGUCGUAGAUGUCUACGACAUUGCAUCUGAGAUAGGAAAAGAAUGCGAAAAAUUGAUAGAUUCUUUCGGAACUGAUGCUGUUACUGGACUCAUGCCAAAAGUUAUUAAUGCAUUGGAGUUAUUAGAAAACCUUGCUACAAAAAAUGAACGAGAAAUCACAACUGUGCAAGAAUUGACCGCACGAAUUUCGCAAUUGGAAAAUGAUAAAAUCGGAAAAGCAGAAGAUCGGCAGAGAUUUGAGAAAGAAGUUGAACAAACAGAAGAACACUGGAGACAAGAAUCUCGAGAUCUUGUUGGUAUGGUCACAAGACUACAAGAUGAAAAUCGUAGACUAGCUGAAGCUCUUCAAGAAUCUCGCAAUGACAGCCAGGACAGCGGUAAACAAUCUUUCACCGCCAGUCAAGAAGUUGAUAUCACUGUAUUACAACGGUUAAGAAGUAUGAUUGACAAGCAGAGAGAUCAAAUUCGUGCUCGCGAUCGUGAAUUAUCACAAAAAAACUUAGAAAUCGAAAAUUUAACGAUUCAAGUAGAAAAAUUGAGCGCUGUUGGUAGAGAAUUAAAGCGUAAACAACGUCAAGCACAAAUGCAAUCUCGUGGACUUGUUGAAGAACGAGCUGAUUUUCUGGCACAAUUACAAGAUCAAAACCGUGAAUUAAUCAACUUAAGAGCACGACUUGGUCUGGCUCGAAAAGAAAAUGAAGAUUUGACCAAAUCACAAGGGUGUCCUGAUCUCACAAAUAAAGUUGUUUACGAUCUUGAUGAUCCAGAUAGACCAAGAUUUACGACCGCUGAACUGAAAGAAAUUCUUCACGAACGAAAUGAAUUGAAAGCUCGAGUUUCUGAUCUUGAAGAUGAACUGGAACUCUAUCGUCCUAAACCUGAAACGCCAGAAGAUGACAAAGAUGCUCCUGUCCAAGGACCUUUACCUCAUGAACCGGAUGACGCGCCUUGGAAAAAAUCUUCCGAAUCGGGCAUCCGAAAAUUUUUUGAUGUUACAGCUUCCGGAAAAUCUUUUCCGAAACCAGCAGCGGAUUCUUAGGUGGAAGUAGUCCCAGAAGAAGCCUAUCGAGUCUUUCGAAAAUGGCCCUCUCGGGCAAUGGUGCCAAUGACACAUCGAUUUAAAAAUUGUUAAAAACCAACCAAAAAUCCCAAUUAUCAACGUAAUUUUAAUAAUUCCAUGCUAUAUUUUAUUAACAAAUUAUUUAGUAUAUAAGGUAAAAGCCCCAAUAUAUGAUCAUAUACUGGUACAUGAUCAUAUAUUGGGGCUUUUACCUUAUAUAUAUUUUAGUUAUUUUAUAUUAUGAUUUGUAACUAGUCGAUUAACAAAGAACAAUGAAAUCCCAUUAAAAUACAGUAAAAAUUAAUCACUUCCAAUAACUUUGUAAAUGAUAGAAAAUACUUGUUUUUUUCUUUAAAAAAAAAAAAAAAAAAAAAAAAAAAUAGUUUUAAUGAUUAUGUAUCCGAUUCUUUUUAUAGACUAAUCGUUAACCAAAUAUAUGAAAGAAAAUUGUUCAUCGUAAAAAAUAAAUUUUAAUCUUUAAAUUAUUUCAA